ACCAUUCAUAAUCCUCUAACCGUCUGUCAGUUAGGGUUUCUCCAUCCUCACAUUCGAAAACAAACGUUCAAAAAAAUCCCUUAAUCCCUUACGCAAUGUCUUCAUCCAAGGUGAUCGUUCUCAGGAGUUCUGACGGCGAAACUUUCCACAUCGACGAAGCGGUGGCUCUCGAGUCUCAGACGAUCAAGUACAUGAUCGAGGACGAUUGCGCCGAUACGGUCAUCCCUGUGCCCAAUGUCACCGGUUCCAUUCUAGCUAGAGUGAUUGAGUAUUGCAAGAAGCAUGUCGAGACCGAUGCUAAGGAUUCUAAAGCCCUCGAUGAUACUCUCAAAGCUUGGGACGCUGAAUUUGUCAAGGUUGAUCAGAAUAUCCUCUUUGAUCUCAUCUUGGCCGCUAACUAUCUGGACAUCAAGAGCCUGCUGGACCUGACAUGCCAGACAGUGGCAGACAUGAUCAAGGGAAAGACCCCAGAAGAGAUUCGAAAGACAUUCAACAUCAAGAACGAUUUCACUCCAGAGGAGGAAGAGGAGGUUCGAAGGGAGAAUCAAUGGGCCUUCGAGUGAACAUUCAUUCAUUCAUUUCAUCAACUGCUUCAAUAGGAUAGCCAUUGAUCUUAGUUAGUAGGUUUUUUUUAUUUUAU